AACUGAUCCUUAACGGGUCUCAAACAAAUAACAAUCUUAAAUUUUUAUUCUUAAUUUGUCUUUACAGAUAACACUCGUUGACUCUAGCCUUCAAACGGCAAGGUAAUUGUGCAGGAAAAUGAUCCAUUUCGAGCGUUUUUUUGUUCACACGCGGCCCAUAUGCACUGCGGGAGGUACAGCAAUAAGGGAAAAGUACAAAAUCCCUGUUCCAAGCUUCCCCCGGGAAAGAAAGAGCCCAUUUUGGUGUUCGAUAACGCGAAAGGGGGCAUCAUAUUUAACACGGCAUUAUCGGUAGGGUAAUCGGUGCCCGGUCGACUGAUAGUUGCGCGUCAGCAUCCAUUAAUUUCCAUGCGGGAUAAAAACAAACAGGCAGAAGUUUUGUGUGGCUAGCGAAGAAGAUGUCGAGCAUGCUCUCUGAUGGUGGUAUGCAAACCGAUUCUGUUCCUCAUUCUCGUCACUGCUGUUAGACUUACUGCACACACUGCAUAUGGUUGUAUGAAGCGGCAACGGUACGGUGCAGCAUAUACAUAAAGCGAAGCAUAUUCCUCACGAAACUCCCGUGCAGAGGUCGACGCGGGUACGCUCUGUUUACGAUUCAACGCAACAUGCAUCGCGCAUCGGGUUGGGAGAAGUUGCCGAGAUUUCGUCAUUCCAGCGUUACCUUGAACCACUUGGCCGGGAAGAUGGAUAGAUUGGUGGCUGAUGUGUAAUUUUCCAACCAGAUGACUCCCGACCAGCCAGCCAGAUCAAUAGAAAGAGAAAGCGGCAAAGAAUCGGCCAAAAACCGCAAAGAACCCAAUCACACGUAACCCAUGAAUAUCGACACGGUUCCACUCCUUUUGAGACAACGUUCAAGCACAAUGGUAGCAAUCCGGGAGCACGUUGGAUCGCGCUCGGAUGUCGGGCGGAAAACACGACAGGAAUGCAGGCGAAUACAAAUUCGCCACACACCAGAUGCAGUUGCAAUGGAAACUACGCCACCACUGCGCGAUUGCAAGACGAAGAAAGCAAAACAUCAUUCCCGUGGCGAAGAUACAAUUCCGACGCUAUUCGGACACGGUAAAGGAUGGAAACGAGUCUGAAUGGCCGGAGUGGGCACGGUUGCAGAUCAAUCAUUUCCGUCUUCUGGUACGGCUGGUGAUGAAGUAUUGGCCAACGUGUUUCUUCUUUUUUUCUGUUUGUUAUCGAGUGAAGUUUUUGUUUUCAACAUUGUUGGCAUGGGAAAUGGAGGGACGCGAUUGAUUCGUCCAGAAUGUUGGACAGAUUGGAGUCAUGCUGGAGGAUGAAACCGCGCUCCUGGCGAGUGGAAGUAUGCGAAUUGCUGUAAAACCCCACAAGAGCACUAGCGUUUUGGAUGAACUACAAAAAGAAUGACAACGAUGUCCAUCCUGUACGGUAUGACGGUUUGUUUGUAGAGCCGUAGUUUCGCUCUCCAUCAACAAACAAACAUCGGUUGCAUGUACGCUGCGCUCGAGACGCAAUGGUUUGAAGAAAAAAAACUCUCGCCCAAGUUCUUCGGCUAGAUGAUGAACUGCCUGGGGAACGAAUCGAUUGAUGGAAUGGAUAACGAAUCGAUCGGGAUGGCCAUUGUGAAUGGUUGAAACGAACAUAAGAAGUAUUGGAAAGCAACAUCAACCACUAUUGAACAGCUUAUGCAGUGUUAAGAGCUUUAAGCGGUGCUUGCAAUUGGCGAUCGGUUGUUGAGCCUUUUAGUGCAUUUAUUGGAUCCUUGUAUUUUUUGCCGUUGUGGCCGGUGUACGCCAGUGUGAGGCGUUUAGAGUGCCAGCAAUCAGACAGUGCAGUGACAGUGCAGCCCUAGGAGGUGUGAGUGCUAUUCCGUGCUGUUGUUGCCGUUGUUCGCUGACGCCGGUUCGUCAAGUGGUGCAGUGUCGGUGCCGUGUUAGGCUCGCCAAAAGCCUGCCCCAAGGUAUUCGGCGCUCACGGAAGAUACUUUAUAAAACUAAGAUCUUAGUUUGAUGCACUAGAACAAGGAAAAGCUUACAAUCGUUUUAUGGAAUCGUUCAAAAUCGUUCAGAUAGACAGCUCAUAAUCAAGAUGAGAUAUACGAAAUUGUUAGUGUUACUAGUGACCUUAGAGCUGAGCUUUACCGAAUCCAGACGGUUCGGUGCUCGACAUAAACGGCAGCAUAGCAGCAAUCUGUACCAGCCGGAAAGUUUCAUCAUACUCGGCGGCGAAGGACCACCGAACGAACGGUGGGGACCGUGGGGUUCCCCAUCCGAAUGCUCGCGGGUAUGCGGUGGUGGCGUUGCGUACCAGGAGCGCGAAUGUCUUGAUCUGGACCAAACCGGUGCGGCCCUCUGUACGGGUGGGAAGAGAAAAUAUUUCUCCUGCAACACACAGGAUUGUCCCGAGCGAGAAUUGGACUUCCGCAAGCAGCAAUGCUCAGCAUUCAAUGAUGUACCAUUCGAAGGAAACCGAUACCAAUGGGUACCGUACACCCGGGCACCGAAUCCUUGCCAGCUAAACUGUAUGCCCGUGGGCGAACGGUUUUACUACACGCACCGUGCGAAGGUAACGGAUGGAACGCGCUGCAACGAUGAAUCGUUUGAUGUGUGCGUCGACGGUACCUGUCAACCGGUCGGCUGUGACAUGAUGCUAGGCUCGCAGGCAAAGGAGGACAAGUGUCGUAUCUGUCGGGGUGAUGGUAGCAGCUGCAAGACAGCGUCCGGGUUGCUGGAUGCGAACAAUCUGCAGGUCGGUUACAACGAUCUGCUGCUCAUCCCGUCCGGUGCCACGAACGUGCUGAUCAGUGAGCGAGCGCCAUCGAACAACUAUCUGGCGAUACGGAACCUGACCGGGUUCUAUCACCUGAACGGCAACUAUCGCAUCGAUUUCCCGCGCACGAUCCACUUUGCCGGUAGCGAUUGGCAUUACGAGCGCCGUCCGCAGGGCUUUGCUGCGCCCGAUCGGCUAACGUGCCUUGGUCCGACGACGGAAUCGGUCUAUCUGGUGCUGCUGUCGCAGGACCGUAAUGUGGGUGUAAAUUACGAGUACAGCGUGUCAUCGGAGAUGGCACCGGUCGAUGAGCCGGACAGUUAUUCGUGGAUGUACACGGCGUUCGAACCGUGCACGGUUAGCUGUGGUGGAGGUGUGCAAACGCGUAACGUCACGUGCAACAGCAAAGGUUCGCUGAAGGAAGUUGACGAGGGGCUGUGCAAUUUAAGCGAAAAGCCACCGACAACACAAAAGUGUGGUCAGCAGUCGUGUCCACCGCGCUGGUUCGAAGGACCGUGGAGUAAUUGCUCGAAACCGUGCGGCAACGAGGGAAAGCAAACGCGUGAAGUUUACUGCGAACGAGUGUCGGGCGAUGGCGAAACGAAAAAGAUCGAAGAAGACGUUUGCCUUGAGCAGGUCGGCAACAAACCGGCGACGGAGCGUGAAUGCAAUCAGGGUCUUAUCUGUCCGGAGUGGUACACAGGACGAUGGUCACCGUGUAAUAAAUUGUGCGGCGAGGGUGAAAAAUCGCGCAAGGUGGUGUGUUAUCGGAAGGAAAAUGGACGCAUCACGGUGCUGGAAGAUGACGAGUGCAUUACGGAAAAACCGGCCGUCAGCGAAACGUGUAUGCUGCGACCGUGUGAGGGUGUAGAUUACGUCACAUCGUCCUGGAGCGGAUGCGAUGAGUGUGGUGCAACCUUGGAAACACGUACGGUGCACUGUGCCUCCAAGUCGGGUACCGUUUACAACGCAUCGUUCUGUGCGAAUCGACAAAUGCCGGAGCUGCAGCGCGAAUGUAAGCUAACGCCGUGUGAAUUCCAAUGGUACACAUCCCAGUGGAGCAAAUGUUCCGCCGUCUGCGGGAAGGGCGUACAGACACGUACGGUCGUUUGCGGUAUGUUCGAUGGCCAAUCGCUGAAGCGUGCGGACGAUGAUUACAAGUGCGAUGCGGACCAGAAGCCGGAGAAGGAACGUGAAUGUGACGGGCCUCCCGAGUGUCCUGGGCAGUGGUUUGCGGGACCAUGGACCGAUUGUGACAAGAGCUGUGGCGGUGGUAUGAUGUCGCGCAAGGUGCUCUGUCUUGCCAAUGGUACUGUCGUGCCGGAAACGAACUGUGACGUGGACAAGAUUCAGCUGGCAACGGAGAGCUGUAACAAGCAUGAUUGCACGGAGGAUGAGGUCAUACCGGUGACGGUUGGUAGCAAGCAACCGGAGGAGGAUGACUACGAUGAGGAGGAGAUGUGCGACGAGGAUGAGGAUGGUGCUAAGGAGGAUGAUGAUGGGUCGGGAAUGGGAGUCAGCACGGAAGGACAGGACGGUGUAAUGAUGGUCACUGAAGAUUCGACUCUGGCUGAGGGUGUGGAACUGGAUAGUAGCGUCAGCGGCACAACAGAAUCGUCCCUCGAGACGGAUGAAGUUAUGAUGAGCGAUGCGACUGGCUUCGAUACGGGAGCUACCGAUCCGGACGAAGGUUCCGUAACGGAUAGUACGGUGGAAGGUUCCGGCGAUGGAAGUAGCCGUAUGUCCGAAGUAUCGGACGGUUCAGGUGACGACAGUGAAGUAACUACGGUUGUGGCCGCUUCGCGUGCCUCGGAUGAUGCAUCAUCGGAUGCGGCGGGUAGCUCUACAGAGGCCACCGCUGCUUCUGUUAGUUCGAUGGAAUCGGAGUCGGGCUCUUCUUCGGAGGCGAGCGCACAAAGCUCAACAGAAUCAUCGGAGAGGGUGUCGGAUAGUCAAUCGUCCACGGAAAAAGAUUCUGUGGCGACUACAACAGAUACUGUGUCCUCGACGGAAUCGUCUGAUACAACGACUGAGGUUACGGAAACGUCAACCAGCUCUACUGAUCUGGAAACAUCAACCGAUCUUAGCGUUAGUUCAUCGACGGCUGACUUCAGCAGUACGACAGAUGAGGAGUCAACUAAGGAUGUACCUACGACGACCGAAAGUGAGCUUCUCAGUACCACAGUUGCAUCGGAUGUUGCAUCUAGCAGUCAAGUUGCCGGUUCGUCAGAAUCCUCGACCGACGCCAGCUCGAGCGAUUCUAGCACCAAGAUGGUGGAAGGAUCCGAUUCUACCGAUACUUCUUUGAUGGCAUCGUCUAGUGAAUCAUCUGUAACCGAAACCUCUGUUUCUGGAUCGAGCGAAUCGGGAGCCACUGAAGAGUCGGUUACAGGAGCGUCCACCGACGAUAGUGCUACAACAGUUGAAUCGACGGAACCCACUGUGACUGGUUCCACGGACGAUUUUACUGGUUCGACCGUAACCGAAGAGACGGUAGAAGACACCACAUUCGAUAUCUGGGACUCCUCGACGGGUUCCACCGAUCAGGAAACGGAUGACACCGAAAGCAGCACCCCAUAUACGCUGACUUCGAUCGUUGCCAAGGAACAGAAAGCUCGCAAAUGCAAACCUCGCCCGAAAGUGCCACAGUGCGCCAAAUCUACGCACGGAUGCUGUCCCGAUGGUAAGACGAAGGCAUCGGGACCAUUCCUGGAGGGUUGCACACUGGCGGAGACGUGCAAGGAGACGAAGCAUGGCUGCUGUCCGGACGGUGUAUCCCCGGCCAAGGGUCCCAACGACAAGGGCUGCCCGAAGGCGGAAUGUGCCGACACACUGUUCGGAUGCUGCCCGGAUAAGGUUACACCGGCGGAGGGUAACGAUGGCGAGGGUUGCCCGGUUGAGACGACGACCGUCGCCGGAUGUACGGCCGGCAAGUUCGGUUGCUGUCCGGAUGGAACCACCGAAGCUAAGGGACCGAAUGCGAAGGGUUGUCCGGGUGUGGAGGAGAAGGUUGAUGAAACGCCAUCCGCCACGGAACAGCCAAAGGUGGAAGAACCAACGGCAGCGGAAGGUUGUGCCAGUACGACGCACGGUUGCUGUCCGGAUAAUACUACCGCGGCGACGGGUCCUGAUGGAAUGGGAUGUGAGCCGUGCAGUAAGGAACCGUUCGGAUGCUGUGCGGAUGGUAAGACACCAGCUCACGGGUACAGCGGUGAAGGUUGCUGUCUGCAAACACCGUACGGAUGCUGUCCGGAUAAUAUCGUUGCUGCACGUGGACCCAACAUGGAGGGUUGCGAUUGUCAGUACGCACCAUAUGGUUGCUGUCCGGACAAUAAGACGUCCGCCCGGGGUCACGAUAAUGAGGGUUGCGGUUGCCAGUACGCGAGACAUGGUUGCUGUCCGGACAAGGAAACGGAAGCAACGGGUCCCGCGUUCGAUGGUUGUCCGUGUCACGCACAUCAGUUCGGUUGCUGUCCGGACGGUGUCACACCGGCCAAGGGUCCGCACAAUCACGGCUGUCACUGUUCGCACAGUGAGUACAAAUGCUGCUCGGACGAAAAGACACCAGCAUCGGGACCGGAUGGGGAAGGUUGUACCUGUGCGAACAGUAAGUAUGGCUGCUGUCCGGACGGUGUCAGUGAGGCGCAGGGUAGCAAGUUCGAAGGAUGUACUGCUGUGCCGGAAUCACCGCAAAAGGCAUGCGCAUUGCCGAAGGAUAAGGGUCCGUGUCAUAACUACACCGUUAAGCACUUCUUCGAUGUGGAGUAUGGUGGUUGUGGUCGGUUCUGGUACGGUGGAUGCGACGGUAAUAACAAUCGGUUCGAUUCCGUUGAAGAGUGUAAAAACAUCUGCGAAACACCGACCGGCAAGGAUGUGUGCCAUCUGCCAAAGAUCACCGGACCGUGCACGGGACAGUACAAUAUGUGGUACUACGAUGCGGAACGUAACAUGUGCGGACAGUUCACGUACGGUGGCUGUCUCGGUAAUGCCAAUCGGUUCGAGAAGCUUGAAGACUGCAAGGCGACGUGCAGUGUGGACGAUUCAAAACCACCAUGUGAGCAACCGAUGGAGCGUGGACCAUGCAAUGGUACGUUCGAGCGUUGGUACUACGACAAGGAAUCGGACGCGUGUCAUCCCUUUUACUAUGGAGGUUGCAAGGGCAAUAAGAACAACUACCCAACGGAAGCCUCCUGUGGCUAUCACUGCAAGAAACCCGGCGUACACAAACCAAGCUGUAAAGAACCGGUGGACACUGGUAACUGCGAGGCUACGCAGGCCCGCUGGUACUUUGCCGGCGAUCGUAACAAAUGCAUGCCCUUCUACUUUACCGGUUGCGGUGGCAACGACAACCAGUUUGUUUCGCGCGAUCAGUGCGAAGAGCAGUGCCCACCGAAGGUUGAGAAAGACAUUUGCUUCCUACCGGCGGAGAUUGGUGAGUGCCAGAAUUACACCGCUCACUGGUACUUUGACACAAAGGAGGAACGGUGUCGUCAGUUCUACUACGGUGGAUGUGGUGGCAAUGGGAAUAACUUCGUUGAUGAACAGUCCUGCAUUAGCCGUUGUAUCGACGAAACGCCCAAACCAGCGGAAGUUCCCCAACCACCUCAACCAGCGCCGGGUCGUGCCGAUCCGGAACAAUUCGACCGAAGCCAAUGUCAGCUACCGAUGGAUAAUGGAAAUCGUGAAUGUUCACCGUACCAGGCACGCUAUUACUACAACACACAGACCGGUAGCUGUGAGCUCUUCACCUACACUGGCUGUGAAGGCAAUGGGAACAAUUUCCACAGUAAGGAAGAAUGCGAGCGAAGCUGUUCAACCGAUGCACGUGCACCGGUCGAUGUCGAUCUGCGAGGUCCAACCGAUCAGCGACCGAGCAAUGUUAGUCGCUGUGAGGAACCGCCAGAGUUCGGUGAUGGUGAUGGCGAUGGUGAGCUGAUCCUGUUCUACUACAACGCUGAACGUCGAUCGUGUGAACGGUUCCGGUACAGCGGUGCUGGUGGUAACACGAACCGCUACAACUCCGAGGAAGAGUGCGAACGGGUGUGUGGAGUAUACCGCGGAGUUGAUGUCUGCAGAGACGCAGUUGAGGCAGGUCCCUGUGGUGACUUUAUACCGAGGUACUACUACGACUCUAGGGCACAUGCUUGUUACGCCUUCAACUAUAGUGGGUGCGAAGGUAAUGGUAACCGUUUCGCAAGUGCAGAAGAAUGUGAAGGAACGUGCGUUCAUCAGCGACCUGGUUACGAUGAUACUGCAGAAAAGCUAGCCAUCUGUAACCUUCCCUUUAAGAUGGGUGAUAACAGAUGCAGAGCCCGGUCCGUCAAACGGUGGUACUACGAUCCUGUGCAGGAAACAUGUUUCGCCUUCCGCUACAAAGGAUGCGGUGGUAAUCGUAACAAUUUCCCCUCGUACAACAAUUGCCGCACGUACUGUAGUAUCGAAUCAAACGCGGUAAAUCCUUGCGAGCACUACGAGCAGGAAUGUAGCCGACUGCAGUGUUCGUACGGUAUUGCCAAAUCGUACGAUCCUGCCAACGGUUGCGAGAGCUGCCAGUGCAAUGAUCCGUGUGCCGAUUACUACUGUCCCGACGGUAGCCUAUGUGUGGUGGAUGUCCAGAGCAGUGGAAGCGGUUCCGAGUUUGUUGGAGUUUGUCGUAAAACAAACAAACCAGGCGAAUGUCCACCGCUGGCAAAUGCAACACAGUGCAGCAUGGAUUGCUACUCGGAUGCCGAAUGCCGUGGUAAUAACAAGUGCUGCCAGGCGGGUUGUGCGAACAUCUGUAUCAGUCCAGUCGAUCGUCCAUUGGCUCCAUCUGCACCGGUGCAACCGAAUGUUCCGGGACCCACCGUUCUGGAGGAGGUGCCACAAGAGGAGUUGGACAUCAAGUCGGAGGAGGGUGGUAUUGCUACGCUGCGAUGCUAUGCAACCGGAUUCCCACCACCCUCAAUUCGCUGGCGCAAGGGAGAAAUACAACUCAACACCAACCAAGGUCGCUAUGUGCUUUCCUCGAACGGUGAUCUGCAGAUUGUGCAGCUGCAUCGUACAGAUAGUGGCACCUACGUAUGCAUCGGAGACAACGGUAUCGGUGAACCAGUGCUACGAGAAGUCACACUCACAGUUAGGGACCCUGUGCCAAGGGAUGCCUACAUCGCCGGCAAUAUGAACGACUCGCAGGUGGUUGAGCUAGAUAAACCUGCGACAUUGCGGUGUGCGGCUGGUGGCUAUCCGAAACCGAUCGUAAGCUGGUGGCGGGAAACGUACAUGAUGCCGCUGAAGAUGGUGAACCGUGACUAUUCGCUGCACAUUGCAAGCGUUCGCUUGACCGAUCUCGGUCCGUACGUGUGUCAGGCUUAUUCCGGUGCCGGUAAAGGUAUUUCACGUACGGUCACACUAAUGGGCUAUGGGCCGGCUUCGCCAGAUAGUCCGGUUGAUGAGAAAUAUAUGAAGUACCUUGUGCCCAGACCGAGACCGGUACCAUCGCUCCCGGGUGAUCGUUAUCCGUCACGGCCACGGCCACCAGUCGCUCAGCCACCGCCAGUUGUCGUUCGUCCACCAGUUCCGGUGACGGUGAAACUGUACUUCCCGCAUGGACGUGAUCUGAUGCCAAAUAGUAACUUCACGAUCAACUGUACCGUGGACGGAUAUCCACGGCCCACGGUGAACUGGUUCAAGGAUGGCCAGAUGGUGGUACCGACCGAUCGCAUACACAUUACCGACACGAACCUACUGUUUGUGUCCGGAGCAAUACCGGCCGACAGUGGCCGGUACAAGUGCCUUGCCAGGAACGAAAUGUCGGAAGCAUUCGAGGAGCAAAGUUUACGCGUGGAAGGUGUAUACGUACCGCCAGGAUGUACCGAUAAUCAACUACUCGCCAAGUGUGACCUGAUCGUUGCUGGACACUAUUGCAACCACAAGUACUACGCUCGGUUCUGCUGCCGAUCGUGUACGCUGGCGGGACAGAUAAAUGUGAACAACCGUUACCGCUAAAACCGUGUGCCAUAGCAAAAGGAAUCUUACAGCCUGUUGCAAACACAGUCUCGUAAAAUCGUGACCAGCACUAGCCAUCUUGUACAACCCAUUCACAGUCUCUCAACCGUACCGGUGCAAGCCAAACGAAAACACAGCAAACUUCCGAAUCAUGUCACAAAAUGAAUGAAUUGCUUUACGCAUCUAUUUAUUGCUGUUAUGAAGCCUCCCCCCCGGUACACGGAUGGUUCACAAUAGUGUGCCAUUUACAAAAAAAAACACACAAUGAACAACCAACAACAACAGCGCGCAGGUGCCAAUCGUUACAAACGGCUUGAUUGAGUAGUAGCAUUUAAACCAAAACCUCGAAUCUGGUGCGAACUUUCGAGCCCUUCAUGUAGUGACAAUGUUUACAAGUAGUACUUUUUAUAUAUAAUUCAGUCGUUGUUUAGGUUUUAUCGUUAAGUCGUAGGCAAGUGAAAAAAAAAAAUGUUUUCUUCACUAAAGAUGACAUGAUCGGUGUUCAGCUCUCAUACAAGGUUUAAUCAAACAGAAUCGAACAUAGCGCCAGCAUUACUCCAAAUAAGCAAACAAUCGCAUACCAACCAAUCAAGUUGGUAAACCGAAAUCAACAAACAAGGCGAUAAGAACGCAACAAACGCAUAUGAACCAGAACAAAAAAAUAUGAAACGCAAAACACAGCUAAUGGACCUGCAUGUACUGUUGUAGCACAUACACAAAAUGCAUUUCCCGCCGUAGUGUUUCCUUUCCCACUGUUGCUUUACUGUAAAUAAUUUAUUGUCAACAAAUCAGACCUUCUUCCCUCGUCCCAUUCAAAAGCGUCGUCACUGUAGAACUGUAGUUUACCGCCGAAGGGUACAGUGAAAUAGAGCAGAAAAAAAGAAUAGAAUCUAAAGUAAAUUCAAUAACUGAUUGAUAGGAAAUAAUAAAUGAAUGAAAAUGAA